GUAUCGAAUUUUGGCCAAUCAAAAAAAGGUGUCUUGUCUGGAGGUCAGUAGCAUGUGGGUCUGUAAAUAGAGCGGGCGCGAGGCGGGCGCCAGUCAUUUUCUGUUCGUUUACUCGAGAAGCAGCAUCAUGCCCGAUCCAGCCAAGACCGCGCCCAAGAAGGGAUCAAAGAAAGCCGUGACCAAGACGGCCGGCAAAGGAGGCAAGAAGCGCAGAAAGUCCCGGAAGGAGAGCUACGCCAUCUACGUGUACAAGGUCCUGAAGCAGGUGCACCCUGACACCGGCAUCUCAUCUAAGGCCAUGGGCAUCAUGAACUCCUUCGUGAAUGAUAUUUUUGAGCGCAUCGCCGGUGAGUCUUCUCGUCUGGCUCACUACAACAAGCGCUCCACCAUCACCUCCAGGGAGAUCCAGACCGCCGUGCGCCUGUUGCUUCCCGGCGAGCUGGCCAAGCACGCCGUGUCCGAGGGUACAAAGGCCGUCACCAAGUAUACCAGCUCCAAGUAAAGCGCGUUACCGCCGUCUUCAUCAACCCAACGGCUCUUUUAAGAGCCACCCACUUUUCAUACAAAGAGUAAUUUCCUCUCUUUCGCUUUCUCUCUUGCUGUGUGUGUGUGUGUGUGUGUGUGAGAGAGAGAGAGAGAGAGAGGGGGGGGGCACUUCUGAAGUGCUGCUCUCCCACGAAUGUUCAGGCUUUUGGGUAAUUAUAGCAGUCUGCUAAAUGCAGAGAUGAGUAAAUCUCAACAGGGUUGUAGCACGGUUUCUCGGGCUUGUAUAAUCUGAGCAAUGCAAAAUGGGGCUUUAGCAGCACAAAGUUAUUCAUAUUAAGAUUGUAGCAACAGGAAGUAACUGAAAAUGGUAUUCUAGUAGCAUGUAGAAAUUCGAACUAAGGAAGCACGUAAAAGUUCUAAAUACUGUUGUAGUAGCAUGUAGUCAUUCAAAACAGUGUUCCAGCAGCACAAAGUCAUUCAAAAGAAUGUUCUAGCAGCAUGGAAUACAACACACACACAAGGUAAUAGCGGAGUUGGUAUAAAGGGCAUUAGGGUGACUGUGCUCGUUAGGGUCAGGGAGGAAUCCGACCGAGCUAAAGAGGAGGAGGAGGCCGGAUGGGCUGGCUGGUGCUAACUAGGCGCGCCUGUUUGGCCCGGGACUACAAGAGCGGAGCGCCGCGUACGAGUGGUGAAGCCCGGACACUGGCAAAGACAGAAGGAGUCUUCUGACCUACACCUAUAAUCACAUUUUCUUGUUGGACAUGCUUUCUCCCCUACAACUAACAAUGUCUUACUCUUGUCUUUGCUGCUCUGUUCAGCUCUUCCUACUUUCCUACUGACUGUUUCCCACCCACCUAGUCAACUUUUAUUCAACAUUUGUUCUUUUCAUCUAGACUUUAAAUUUAUUUACUCUUCACCAUCUAUUCAUAUGCUUUCAGUUUGAAUGAAAGUGAGCACAUGUGAUUUCUAGCAUGCUAGCCGUGUUAAUGAAUGAUAGCUACCAUGCAAAGUUUGCUCCUGUCGAAGAAUAGCUUGUUUCUCUAUGAAUGUGACUGUUGUGUAAACUUCUCCUUUGAAACUGCUUUAUCCUCUUUACUCUGAAGCUAAAAUUUUGUCUAUAUGAUUAAUGUGUGGGAUUUUAGUUUGUUCUUAUGAAAUGGGGGUUUGACUCCUGCACUUAUGUUGCUUUUUUCUAAAGCCUACAAACAUUUGCAGUAUCUGCCACAAGCUCUCCCAUUUUCUCCAAACUACUGAAUUUGUGAUGCAACAAACUUUUUUUGGACAAACAGUUUUGAGCCUUUGCUUUUAUUUCUUUUAACUAUAUGCUUUGAGAACUAAUAAUUUCCCCCCAAUAUCUGAUUUUGACUAUUGUGCUGGUAGGUCAUUAAGGCUUGAACCUUAUGAAAACUUCAUUAAGAUUGAUUUGCUAGCCUAAGCUCAAUCGGUUUUGUCCGAUCUAAUCCACAAACUGAGCAGGAGUCACACCCGACUCCACCUGUUUAAUCGGUCGAUCUUGACUUUCAAUAGACUCGGGUGUGGCUUCUGCUUGGUCAGAAUGAAAACCUGCACCUGAGUUCUGAGUCCUGAGUUCCUGAAUACUAGAUGUUCAUACUAAAUUACUACAGUCUUUCACUUAUCCCAGUAUUUUUUAGAUAGUUUAUUAGGGGACAGUGCAUUUUCCCAGAUGUUUUUUCCCCAGCAAGUUCUUUAGUGUCAUGUUUUGCAUUCCAGUUCACAUCUCUAGCUCAGUUCUCUCCUCCUGAUAUCUUUUGCAGUCUAACAGAAUGUGUUUUACCGUCUCUUGUGUAUUGCAGUGUGUGCAGAGUCCAGUGGGGUGUUUUCCUAUUCUGUGUAAUGUUAGAUUUAAGCCAGCAUGAACUAUUCUAAGACACAUAAUUAAUCUCUUCCUUUGGGUUCCUGCCUUGCCUCAUACAUAUGUCCCGGUAUUCCUGCCGUAUUUUAUGUGUCCCUUUAUAAUGGUUUUAACAUCUGCUCUACUUAAUGGUACUUGUAUAUCAACUGUUUCAUGCUUUAUCGAUCUUUUUGCCAGUACAUCUACAGUUUCAUUUUCUUCCACCCCUACAUGUGCAGGAACCCAAAAGAAGGAAACAUUCAGCUCCCUACCAUGGAGUAUGAGAAGCAGAUAAUAUAUUUGUUAACCAAUGUCUUGUCUACAUGAUGUUUUCCCAGACUGUAUAUUUGAUAGUGCAGAUAGACUGUCAGAAGCUAUAGCGACAUCUUAGUUCUGAUUAUUUUUU